GUCAAAGUCAACAUCUCAAGAUUCUGUUCCCUGCGAUCGAUCAAACGACAUUCCCCGCGAGAAGGGUUUCCUACUGCACUCUAAUUUUACAGCGAGUCGUCCAUAUCAGACAAAAUGGCGCGCAACAGUGAGAAAGCCCAGUCGAUGCUCUUCCGCUUCAGGGAAGCACAAGCGGCAGACCUAGGCAUCAUCGACGCCGGCCGCACGCGACGCCCCAAGAUCAUCACCGAAGUGGACUCGAUCCCGUCGUGCGAGAAAUGGCGAGGGCAAACGCUGAAGGAGAUUUCGCGCAAAGUGUCCAAAAUCCAAGACUCGGCGUUGAGCGACUACCAGAUCCGCGACCUCAACGACGAGAUCAAUAAGCUGAUGCGCGAGAAGCACAUGUGGGAGGUGCAGAUAAGGAACCUCGGCGGGCCGAAUUAUAUGCGUGGUGGCGGGAAAGUAUACGACGAGACCGGAAGGGAGAUACCAGGCGGUGGGAAGGGAUAUCGGUAUUUCGGGCGCGCGAAGGAGCUGCCGGGCGUGAAGGAGCUUUUUGAGGCGGCGACGAAGAAAUCUACCAAUGACAAGCCGUUGGAGAAUAGGGAUGAUCUGAAGAAGGCGGUUGAUGCCAAAUAUUACGGCUAUGCCCCGGACGAAGAAGACGAGGCACUGCUGCAGUAUGAGACGGAGAAGGAGGAACAUGCGUUUGACGCCAUGCUGAGGCAAGGGGGCAAGGCGUCGAAAGAUUGGGAACCUUUGCCAGGCGAUAGUGGCGACGGCAGGGCGUGGGAACUCCCAACGCUGCAGGAGGUACAAGAAGAGUUAAUGGACAGGAGACGAAAGCGACUGCUUGAUCAAAUCCAAUAGCAAGGAGUCGGUGGGUGGCAUUCGAGCUCGGAACAUACGGCAUCUACUAUAGUUCGGUACUGGAACUACAGCAGAUGCCCAGGGACGCCCCUAAAAGACUGAUGUGAUGGUCAUUACGGCGUUUUUGGAGUUGGCAUUAAGGGGUCAAGGGGCGGGCUGGUUGCGAAAUGAUCUGUUUGAAGGAAAUAUACUGAAAUAAUCAUGCAUUUAACUACUGUAAACAUUUGCAAUGCCCAUGGCAAUCAACAUUAACAUGAGCGAC